UGCGUGACAGUUGUCGCGGGGGGAGGGUGAGCCCAGGCAAUGGGGAGGGAGUGUAAAUAGAGCGAAGGCGGCAGCGCAUCGGCCCCUUCACCUCCCGGCGACCUGCGAAGACCCCCGGAGUAAGAUGGAAGAAGAUGAGCAAGAGCAGCGGCGCAGAAAAGUGGAGGCCGGGAGAGCGAAGCUUGCUCACUUCCGACAGAGAAAAACAAAAGGUGACUGUGCGCAUUCGAAGAAAACGCCGGCGAAGAGGAAGGGCGCGGCUGUCGAUGCGCCUGACCAGGAGGAGAGUCCGGUAGCUGCGGCCGAGGCUGCCGGACUCCUGGGAGGCCGGGCCGUUGGCAAGAACGCGUCGUGCAGCGACACCCCUGAUGGCGCAGGAGCCCCUCAGCUGCAGGAGCCCGGUGGAGCGGGGACGCCGCAGAAGCUGGAAGACGACAGUCCGGAGCAGCCUAGGGUGAUGACGAAGGAGCUGGAGCUGGAAGUGCUGCGCCUGAGCCUGAGCGACAUGCACACGGCGCGGCUGGAGCUGACGCAGGCGCACCUGCAGCGCGAGAAGGAGGCGGCGCUGGCCGAGCUGCGUGCCGAGCUCGCCGGGCGGCACGCGCAGGAGCGGGCCCUGCUGCAGAGCCGCGCGUGCAGGGAGCUGGAGCUGGUCCGGGAGGAGGCAGCUGACCUGAAGGAGAAGCUACAAUCAGAAAUGGAGAAAAAUGCCCAGAUGAUAGAGACCCUGAAGCAAGACUGGGAAUCCGAGAGAGACUUGAGCUUAGAAAACCUACGCCGAGAAUUAUCGGAAAGGCAUCGGUCAGAACUGGAGAAUUUACAAAACCAGUUUAAGAAAGAAUUGGCAGAACAGAAGGCUGAGUUGGAGAAGGUUUUUCAAGACAAAAAUCAGGCUGAAUUUUCCCUUCAGACUCAGGAGGCUCAGCAUGAGGCGGCCCUGAGCAAGUUACGCGCGGACCUGCAGUUGGAACACUGCCAGUACGUGGAAGACCUGGAGCUGAAAUUCAGAGAAAAGGAAAAGGAAAAGCAGCUUGAGUUGGAGAACCUGCGCGCCUCGUACACGGAGCUGCAGGCCCAGUCACAGGAGGAGAUCCGGCGCCUGGGGGCCCAGCUGGAGUCUGCAAGGUCCAGCAGGCGGGAGCCGAGUGAGUUACCCGAGCAGCUCCUGGCCCGAGCGUCUCACGUGGAGGGGCUAGAACACCUGACGCGGGCCUUAGAGCAGCAGCAGGAGGCGAGAACCAGGCACGAGGCUCAACUGGAACAGCUGAGAAUCUCUUCUGAAGAGAAGUUGAGGGAGGCUGAGAGGGGCCACCAGGAGGACCUGACCCUGUUACAGCAGCAGCUGCAGGGCGGGAAGGACAGCUCCCCGCCGGAGGCUGUGGGAAUCAGUGCCUGUUCAGAAGAGACGCCUGAAGAAGAAGGAAGAGACCGUCUUGAUCAACUCGGCCUUCAGCUGGAGCAGCACGAGGAGAGCCUGGGGUUACGCACACAGCUAGAAGGAAACCACCAGCGCCAACUAGCAGCGGGGAAGUCCUCCCAGGAAGUCCAGCAGGAGGCGGGCCUCGCGGGGACCCAGGUGUUGGAAGAGGAGCAGCAUGUGUGGCCUUCGGAAGAGCCCGGCCCAGAGCUCUCCCGGGUGCCCCUCCUGUGUGCACACAGCACGGCCUUGGAGGAGGCAGCCGGAGACUUGGGUCUGGAAACCAUGCACAAGGCUCAUCUCCUGCUUCUUCUGACGGAGCUCAAGGAAGAAAUCGACCUCUUAAAAGUAGAAAAUAGAAAUUUACAUGAGAAAUUGCAGCACGAAAUCCGCCUAAAAGAGGACUUGGAGCAAGUGAAAUGUACUUUAGUGGAAGCCCACCAGGAAGCACUGAAGAGCGCUAAGGAGAAGCUUGAGCUAAUGAGACGAGGCGAGAGAGAGGCCGAGUGGGAAGUCACGAGUGAGGACCCGAGGAGAGGGGCCGAAGAGAGGCCGACGCAGCUGCUCCUCGAGCUGCGGGAGCAGGCCGAGUCCGAGAAGCUGUCCAUGAUGCACAGGCUUGAGCUUCGAGAAGCCGAAAUGAGGCAGCUGCAGGACCAGCAGGCAGCCCAGAUCCUGGACCUGGAGGGGUCGCUGAUGGAGCAGCAGGGCCGCCUGAGGCAGCUGGAGCUGGGGCUCUCGGGGGACGAGUCUCUGCAGUGCAGCCAGUGUGGCCGGGAGCUGGGCGGUGGUCUGGCCCCCACGGACCGGGACCACCUGAAGGAGGACUGUGCUCUCCAGCUGAAGCUGGCCCAGAGCAGGUUUUUAGAAGAACGUCGAGAAAUCACAGAGAAAUUUGCUGCAGAGCAAGACACUUUCCUGCGGGAGGCCCGGGAGAAGCACGCCCGCGAGCUCCAGCUGCUCCAGGAGAGUCACCGGCAGCACGUCCUGUCCUUGACGGCGGAGCUGGAGACCCGGCACCAGGCUGAGGUGGACGUGCUGAGGGCUUCUUUGGAGCGAGAGUGGUGGGCUCUCUCAGAAGCCCGCGUGGCUGAGCUGCAGACAAAACACGCUGCGGAAAUCAGUGCUUUGGAGACCAGACACGCGUCACGCCUGGACGCUUUGGAGUCGCGUUACCUGUCUGAGAUGCAGACCUUGCUGGGCCUGGAGGAGCAGCUACAGAAAGAGGAUGCUUCUCACCACAUGGUCUUGACUUGGGUGUUAGAGAAGCUGAAGCUGAAACACGAUGAAGAGCCCCAGUCCACAGAGGACGGCCUGAGAGCGGGAGAGAACACAGAGCACGUGGAGGGUGUGAGAGCCUCCUGGCUGCGCGGAGCUCGCCAGCAGGGCGCUGCGGUUCCUGCGGAGCUGGAAGAGGAGGAGAAGCAGCGGCUCUGCUGUCGGGAGGAGAUUGAGCUGCUGAAGUGUCGGUCGGAGGCGCUGCUGGAGCAGCACAUCACACAGUUAAAGGGUGAAUUUGAAAGUGAAAAGAAAGCUGCUUUGCAUGAAAAAGAGGCGAUACAUAAACUUGAGCGCGAGCAGGCACAGUCUCUUUACCAAAAAGAGAAAGAGUCUCUGUCUCUGCAGCUUCGGGAGAAGAAUAACCAAAUUCUGCAGCUAAAAGACCAGAUUUUAUCCUUAAGUCAUGAGAUAGAAGAGCGCCAUUCCGAACUGGAGAGGCUUCAGCAAAGGCGGGAAAGGGAGAACCAGGAGGAAACAACUCUCAUCUCAAUGCUCAAGUCCGACAUCGACCUGUCCCACAGCGAGAGGAGAGCUCUCCGGGACGCCCUGAGGAGGCUGCUGGGCCUGUUUGGGGAGACGCUCAAGGCCGCCGUUGCCCUGAAGAGCCGCAUCGGUGAGCGCGUGGGGCUCUGCCUGGAGGACGAGAGCCCGCCUGCAGCCCCAGCCCUGGACGAGGUGUGGCCCGGGCUCGACGCGGCCCUGCCGGAGCUGGACAGCGCAUCGCCCGAGUGUGCCGAGACGUCGUCAGUGGCUGAGAUUAGCAGUCAUGUCUGUGAGAGCUUCUUCAUGAGCCCAGAAAGCACGCUGGAGUAUGAGCGGCCCGUCAGGAGGAUCUACCGGAGCCUGGGCCUGGCGGUGGACGGCCUCCUGGAGAUGGUCCUGGACUCCACCAGGCAGCUGGAGGAAGCACGUCAGAUUCAUUCUCGUCUUGAGAAGGAGUUCAGCUGCAAGAGCGAGGAGACGGCGCAGGUGGUGCGGAAGCACCAGGAGCUGCUGGAGCACCUGGACGCGGAGAGCGCGGCCAAGGCCCGGCUCGAGCUGGCGCUGCACACGGCGGAGGGCAUCGUCGAGGGCUUCACAGAGGAGAGGGCCAGCCUGCAGGAGGCACUGGGCCGGAAGGAGGCGAGUGAGCAGGGCCUGGUGGCUGAGCUGGAGGGCCUGAGGCAGCAGCUGCAGUGUGCGGCCCGACGGCAGGCGGAGCUGCAGGAGGAGAACUCCGUGCUGUGGAGCCAGAAGGAAGCCUUGGCUGUGGAAGCCGGAGAGAGGGAGACCGCUCUUCAGAAGGAAGUGGAGUCGCUCACCAAGGAGCAGUCGGAGACCAAGGAGCAGUCGGAGAAGGACCGCUCAGCGCUGCUGUCCCAGAUGAGGCUCCUAGAGGCAGAGCUGGAGGAGCAGCUCUCGCGGCAGCAGGCGUGUGCCCGGCAGGCCGAGGAGCUCUCCGCCCUGAGGCAGCAGAUGGGCUCCCUGGACCAGCAGCUGCGCCGCCAGCGCCAGUUCAUGGACGUGCAGGCGGUGGAGCGGGAACGCGAGCGCGAGGACUUCCAGCAGGAGAUCCAGAGGCUGGAGGAGCAGCUCCGCCAGGCAGCCCGGCUGCGACCGCCGGGUCCCUGCGGCAGCGACAUUGAAUUGUUAGAAGAAAAAUUGAGAGAAAAAUCAAAUGGACUUAAUGAACUGAUUAUAAAGAAAGAGUUGGCAGAUAGACAAGUAUUAAUCCAGGAAGAGGAGAUAAAACGUCUGCAGGAGACGAACGCCAGCACCACGAGAAAACUGAUGCAGCUCCAGGGAGAACUGGAGAGACAGUGGAAAGCUGCGAGGGACCUGGAGCAGGACAAAGAGGCAUUACAGGAACAGCAGAUGAGUAACUUGCUCCUGGUGUCCACACUGCAGUCUAAACUGGAUGAGGGCAAAUGCCUGGGGUCACCUGCGGGCAACCGUCCUGACGAUGCAGAAGUCCAGCUGGAGGCGGUGCACAGGACGCUGCUGCAGCAUGAGGACGAGGUUUUGUAUAACAGAAGUUCUGAAAUUGAAGAGCUGAAAUCCAUUAUUGAGAAUUUGCGAGAGAACCAAGAGAGGUUACAGAAGGAUAAAGCACAGGAGAUUGAACAGCUCCAUGAGGUCAUCGAGAAACUGCAGAGGGAGCUCCCCCUCGGGGGACCCGCAGCGCCCCAGGCCGGUGAUGGCAGAGCCGCCAGCCUGCAGAGCGAGCUGCUGGGCCUCCCGGCUGAAGGAGCCAAGGCCUGCGCGGAGCUGGAGGGCGAGCUGCGUGCCGCCCUCGAGGCCAAGGAGGCCCUGAGCCGGCUGCUGGCCGAGCAGGAGCGCGGGCACGGCCAGGCCCUCGAGGCCCUCCAGCAGCGCCUGCAGGCCGCAGAGGAGGUGGCCGUGCGGCAGCUGGCCGCGUCGGGGCCCGGCGCCGCCCUCAGGGAGGCCGAGGUCCAGGCCCUGGCCUCCCAGAUCCGCGAGUUCGAAGCUGCCCUGCGAGCCAAGGAAGCAAAGAUCGCAGAGAGAGAGUUAGAAAUCGACGCUCUGCACCGGCAGAAGUCAGCCCACUCUGCCGAGCUGGAGGCCAUCCUGGCGGCCGUGGCCCGCUUCCGCUGCGCCCUAGAGCAGCAACUCCUGGCGGCCUCUGGGGAGCCCCCCGAGCUGCAGCGGCUCCGGGCGCAGUGCGUCCGCCUCAGCUGCCAGCUGCAGGCGCUCAACCAGCGCUUCCUGAGGUGCCAGAGGGAGCCGGACGAGCGGCAGGCGCACGGGGCCCAAGUGGCAGGCAGUUCCGGGGGGUGGGCAUCCUGGGGAGAAGAGGCCUCCUGCCACGAAGAGGUGGAACAGGAUGUGUGUGGCAGGUGGCUGGCUGAGGCCCCCCACGGCCAUGGCGGUAACUCACAGAGCCCUAUUAAGGAGGAUCCGCAGCUGGCCAAAGCCCUGCCGACGUUGACCCGCGCAGGUCUCAGCCAGCAGGACAGCGUGAUGUCGGUGCUCGCGGUGUGCCAGCGGCAACUGGAGUCUGAGCUGCUGUUAGUGAAAAAGGAAAUGUGCCUGCCUGCAGAGAGCGGAGUGUCGGGAACAGCGAAGGGUAAGGAAAAACUACUGGAAGAUUGUCAGCUGCGGAAAGUUGAUCUCAUAGAUCAGGUGAAACAACUUCAAGAAAAACUGAACCAUCUGGUACAUUGCAUGAGCUUCCAAAACGUCAGGACAGAGGACUUGAAAUAUCAACAGGCAUUGGAAUCUCCACAUGUUUUAGAAAAUAAUGCGAGUGAUAGUUCCAGUAACAGUGAAGAAACUGACAGAUCAUCUUCUGUUGAUGCAUUUAAUGUCACAUGGGAUCUAGUUGACAUUAUUGGAAAUCAAGAUGCGUUGAUACAAAACGAGGUGCCAGAUACUUCCACAGGAGAGCAGGUUGCUUUGCAAGACAGGUCACUCUGCUCACAGGGGAGCUUGUACGGGUGUUCCCGUGACCUCUCCCACACCCAGGGGACCAAGCCCUUGAAGAAAGUGCUCAGGACGAUGGACCUGUCCUCCUGGAGCUCCCCUGAGGUCGUCAGGAAGGACUCAAUCUCUGAGCGCCCCCCCAGCCUGCCCCUCACACCCUGCUUGGAUGCCCUGAGCCAGUGCAGUCUGGACACCUCCCUGUGGGACGGGACGAGCACCCAGCUGCUCCAGGCUGACCAGUUAGGGCUGCUUUGUUACCCGGGCGAGUCAGCAGCAGGAACGGCCCCUAAGUGGGCGGUGUCUCCGUUAGCUGCAGACGGGGCCCCCUCCAUCGACCACCAUGCUCAGCGGGUGCCUGUGGAGAAAGAUGUUGAAGAUUUUAUCAUAACGUCUCUUGAUUCUCAAGAAAAGUCAAGAUCACCUCCUCUUGGGUUAGAAGGAAAAAGCGAUGGAAAAAGCGAUGGCGCGGGGUUUGGAAAGGCACUAAGCCGAGACUCGGGAAGACCGGGAGCACCCACUGCUGGUCCCGCAGCGCCUCUCACCCCCCGGGGGUUCCGACGGCCGCUGGGCGCCAGGAAGCAGAAGGAAGUCCAUCCGAAGCAAGUGAAGGCUUUGCUGCAGAUGGUGUGUGACGAGAGCCACCACAUCCUGGCCCUGUCCGAAUACCGUGGACCCCCGAGCAUGCUGAGCAGGGGCGAGCCCAGCGCCCCCCUCGGGUGCCUCACGAUGGGGGGCCAGGGCCUGCUGGAGGCAGCACCAGCUCCCAGGGAGCAUCCCACCCCAGGACCCCCAAAGGGGGAGAAGGAACCUUCCAAUGUGGGCCUCGACUGGAGAAGGGAAUUUCUGCGGAUCGUGCAAGAGGCCUUUGAAAAGGAGCGGGAGAUACUGAGAGUCGAGCUGUGGCCCCGGCCCUGUGGCUCAGGCCCUGGGGGCUGCGGCUCCCUGUUGGAGAGGCUGGAGAAGGUGGUCCAGGAGCAGGGGGACCUGCAGGAGAGGUCCUUGGAGCACCUUCGCCUGUCGGACAGGAGCAGCCUGAUGUCCGAGAUCCAGGCUUUGCGCGCCCAGCUGCGGAUGACGCACCUGCAGAACCAGGAGAAGCUGCAGCAGCUGUGCGUGGCACUGACCAGCGCAGAGGCCCGCGGGAGCCGCCAGGAGCACCAGCUGCGGAGGCAGGUUGAGUUAUUGGCGUAUAAGGUUGAGCAGGAAAAAUGUAUAGUAAGCGACCUGCAGAAAACCCUGAACGAAGAGCAAGAGAAAGCAAAUAACGUCCGGAAGCUGCUGGUGGUGGAACAGAACACAGUCAGAGAUCUGAAAUCUGAGCUCUGCGAGUGUAGACAGGACAAGGAGCGGCUGCUGAAGUCCCUCGACGAGGUGCAGAAGGAGGUCCUUCAGCUGAGGUCAGUGCUGGACAGUAAGGAGGAUGACCUGCAGGCUGCGCUGCAGCAGCUGGAGGCCGAGCGCACCAAGGAGCGGGCCCUGCAGAGCCGGCUGGAGGAGGAGCGGCUGCAGUGCCUGCAGAAGGAGGGCCAGAGCGCCAGGACCCUGGAGGAGUUAAGGGCGUCUUUGGAGAAGCAGUGCGCUCAGAGUAACCAGCUGUGCGUGGCGCUAAAACACGAGCAGACGGCCAAGGACAACCUCCGGAAGGAGCUGCAGAUCGAGGCCUCGCGCUGCGAGGCGCUGCUGGCGCAGGAGCGUGGCCGCCUCUCGGAGCUGCAGCGGAGCCUGGAGGCCGAGCAGGGCCGCUCCCGCGAGCUGUCCGAGGCCCUGCAGCACGAGCGCCUGCUCACGGAGCGGCUGAGCCGGCGGCCACAGGACAAGCAGGCGCAGCCGGCUCUGCUGCAGAAGCUCAGGGGCUGCGAGGCCCGCGUGCUGGAGCUGGAGGUGGCGCUGGAGGCCGCGCGGCAGCGAGCCCUGGAGGCUGAGGCCCACGUGCACCGCCAGGACGUGGAGAGGGAGCAGGAGCGAGAGUUAGAGCUGCAGCGCCAGCGGGAUGAGCACAAGAUCCUGCAGCUCCAGCAGACGGUGAGGGAGCUGCAGGCGAGGGAGGCCGCGCGCCCCCGCCCGGAGCCAGAGUCGGAGCCCGCGCGCCCCCAGGAGCAGCAGCGGGGCCUAGAGAAGGUGCGGCAGCAGCUGCUCUGUGCUGCGGGGCUUCUGACCAGCUUCAUCAACCAGACAGUGGACAGGACCAUCAGUGAUUGGACGUCGUCAAACGAGAAGGCAGUGGCGUCCUUGCUUCACACGCUGGAGACGCUCAAGUCUGAAUUGGGCGCGUCCAGCUCCUGCCGGAAGAAGACGACGGUGGAGCUGCAGGUCCAGCUGGUGGACGUCCUGCUGAAGGACAAUGAGUCCCUGAGCAGAGCGCUCAGCAUGGUGACGCGGGAGAGGGCGGAGCUGUGCAGGGCCGUGUCCCGGCUGGAGAGGAGCCCCCGGGCCCCGGGGACCCCGCAGGAGGGCUGCGCGCGCAGGAGGUCGGACAGGUCUGUGUGGAAGCAGGACAGGAUGGGCUCGCUGGGCUCAGCACGACACCCAGACCCAGCACUGCCCACACCAGAAGCUGGCGCCUGCAAUGCCAAGAUGGAAAAAUUGUACCUGCGUUACCUGAGAGCAGAGAGCUUUAGAAAAGCCCUGAUUUAUCAAAAGAAGUAUCUUUUGCUGUUGAUUGGUGGAUUCCAGGACUCUGAACAAGAAACGCUCUCCAUGAUCGCCCACUUGGGAGUAUUUCCGUCCAAGGCAGAUAGGAAAGCGGUGGCGGCACGCCCUUUCACAAAAUUCCGCACUGCCGUCAGGGUGGUGAUCGCUGUCCUAAGGUUACGCUUUUUGGUUAAGAAAUGGCAACAAGUAGAUGGCAGAGGAGCCCUAGCGCCGGGCCGAGCACCCCGCCCAGGAUUCCUGGUGCCACGGCCGCAGCAGUCUCCACCCGACACCCGCGCAUCCCCACCAACCCGGGACGUGUCUUCCAGCCACGCCAGGGGCCCUGUGCCAAAAGCAUCCCCACGCAGGAGGGAAAGAUCAAAUCCGUCCCCAAAUCCCAGAUCAGAAAGAUCCCUGACUGCUUCUCAAGAUCCAGAACAUUCCUUGACGGAAUACAUUCACCAUUUAGAAAUGAUCCAGCAAAGACUGGGAGACGUACCACCAGAUUCUACUUCAGAGAAGUCCUGCUGCCAGAAGAGUAAACAGUGAAUAAAGUCCUGUGACGAUUGUAUUUGAGGAAGAGGUUUGAUUUUCUGUGGGAGCUUGUGAUGUGCGCGUGCUGAGUGGUGCUGAGCGCCAGCCCCGGUGUCGUCAGUUAGGUGCUCUCACCCUUACGCUUUGCUGCAAAGCCAAGUGGAGUAUUUUCUGUGUGAUUUCAGCACAUCUUAGCUUCUUACCUUGAUGAGGUAGCUGUGUGCUCAUGAGUGACGGGCGUCUGCCCGGUUCUCUGUUGGUCGAGCCUCCCUGCCCACCCACAAAGGGUAAGCAGAGGAUGGCUUCCUGUUGUUUAUUUUCUUAAAGUGUACAGCCUGGUUUAAAACAAAAACACACACAAAAACAAAAAGAAUAAAAUUAAAGCCCUGGUGUGUUUGUGAAUAGCCCUGUGUUUUUUUUUUGUUUGUUUGUUUUAUCCAGUCUGCUUUUAUCACGGGCAGAAAAAUAAAACAUAGACUUAGAAUUCACAUUGAACUUCUGUAAGUCAAAAAUUUUCAGUGGAACUUAAAGCACUAGUAAGACAAAUAGCCACAUGCCUAUUGAUUCAUCUUGCUUGGUUUCUUUUAUUUCUGUCAGAUGCUGUCACUACAUAUUUAUUUCUCAUGAUUAUGAUCUUUUCAUGUUUUACUCAUGCUCAUCUGUACCUGGUGGUGGUAUCUAGCCAGUGUCCUUUACCCAAACGUCUGUUGUAAAGGUAUGUUUAUAAGUAUCUCUGUGUUUCUAGGACCUUUGAACAUAACAUUUAUUCUGCUGGGCUUGGUUUUAAUAUAAAACAACUUUUUCCUGAUCACUACUUACUUAUUUUCGAUUUUUAGAUCUUAGACUUACUUAUUUAGAUGUCUGCUUACUUAUUUUAGAUUUUUCUUUCCAGUGCAUGUCUGCAUUUUCCUCUUCUUAGCCAACACUGCCAUAAGGUCACUGUUUUAUAAUCUUCCCACCGAGUCCUGUCUUCUGCUUGAUGUUAUUGAAGCGAAAUCUUGACCAGCUCUGGGAACAGGAAUCCAAGAAAUGUCUCUUCACUUUCCAGAAGAAAGACGUUUGAAAUUGAUGAUCAAAUACUGAAAACAUAACUAUCCAUGUCAUCCACGUUAAGCUAAUGAGGGAGGGAGGGAGGGCCCAUUUAAAGCCACCAGUGGGCGUAACCGUCACACCAACUUGUUACCAUGGGGGUUAGUAAUUACAAAGAAAGAGACAUUCACCCUCCUUUCGUGGAAGAACACAGGUCAGACCUGCUGAUGAGGGAAAUUCUUCAUGGUAAAGCACCCAGCUAAUUAAUAGAGAGGGAGCAAUACAAUUAGAGAACCACCAAUUCUGCCCCCAGCGAAAUAAUCAGUUCACGGUGGGUUCAUCAACAAGUCCUAAAACCAAGGCGAAGUUCCACUUUCACAGUGCAGGGGCCUGGGAGUGUCCACUGUGACCCCGGCUCAUGGCAGGCCUGGCAUGAUGCCGUGUGAGAUGCACAGUCUCCCCCAGUUUACAGAUGGAGGGACAAGUGACACAGAACCACGAGGAAAGAGACACAUGGGAUGUUCUGUAAGUGACUGGCCUGGUUUCGUCAAGUAGACAACAUUACUCAGAAAACAAAAGUGAGGGCCCUGUUUUUUGUUAAAAGAAACUAAGGAGGGCUUCCCUGGUGGCGCAGUGGUUGAGAGUCUGUCUGCCGAUGCAGGGGACGCGGGUUCGUGCCCCGGACCGGGAAGAGCCCACAUGCCGCGGAGCGGCUGGGCCCGUGAGCCAUGGCCGCUGAGCCUGCGCGUCCCGAGCCUGUGCUCCGCAACGGGAGAGGCCACAGCGGUGAGAGGCCCGCGUACCGCAAAAAAAAAAGAAACUAAGGAGACAUAAAUGCAUGUGCAAAAGUUAAUUAGUUCCUAAAUUGGGGAAAGCAGCUAUAAAGUCAUUUUGGGGGUUAACGGGGUAAAUUUGAGUAUGUACUGGAUAGCAGAUUUUAAGGGAAUUUGUGUUAAUUUUCUUAGGUGUAGUCAUGGUUAUAUGAGAAAAGGCUGCUUUUCUGAGGAGCUGUAUGCUGAAUUAUUUAAGAAAAAGGAGCCGUAACAAAUGCAGUUUAUUUUGAAAUGGUUCUGUUAGAAAGAGAGUACACAUAUAUGGAUUAAGUAAACAUGCAAAAUCUUUUAAAAAUAUUGAAUCUAGAUUGAAUCUAGUUAGUAUAUGGUUAUUUAUUUUUUGAAAAUUUUCAUAAUGAAAGAUGAAAAAAACGUCAUGACCAAACUGAAGUCUGACCCAAUACAUUUUAAUCAACUACAGGACUGUGUCAGUCCAGGUGGGAGAACAUAACCACGCUAGGCUUUCCAGCUAAGGGAAUCCAGUACAAGGAUUUGGUCAUUAUGAUGGUGGAGGAGCCCUUUCCCUGGGGCUGGCGGGUCAGCAGAACGGUUCCUGGGACACAGGGACAGAGCCCCCCCUCCAGCAGGAGCUGACCCCUCAGGGGAGAUGCAUCAGCAUCACUGUGGAAGGGAGAGAGACACCCAUCUUUCUCCUCCUGCCCUCCUGUUUGCCAGACUAGACAAGGAUCCUGGGACAGUUCCUUGCAGAAGUCGGCACCUUGUGCAGAGCAGACAAGAAUUGAUCUGAAAGCACACUGGCAGGUGACCCUUUGGCUACGAAGAAUUUGUUCUCACCCACCCAUACUUAGUUACCAAAAUGCACCCACCUGAUGUGGGGCAAACAUUCUUCAUACCGAAGAAGUCCCAUGAGGUGUCGUAUCUCAGUGAUGCAGGCUCUCCAGGUAAUGCCGGACUCCUCCCUCAGGGCUGGGUCUGCCCUUUGCUAAUUGGUGUAGUUAACACACCCAGCAUGUCAUGUCAAGUGGGGGAGGUGAGGAGAAGUCCAGAGCAAGCAUUAACCAGGCCUGCGCCCCCGUUUCAAAGAGUCUUCCUUCUACCAUGUAGGCCUCGUUUUCUGGGCCUCACUGUCCUUUCUGAAAGAUAUGAGACCUUAACAGUCUUGUUUUUAGAGGACUUCCUUUCCUUUUACAGUCGAACCUGGAAGUACUAAGUACGAGGAGGUGCCCAGUGAAGACGUCAGGUACAGAUACAGGCUUUACUGUCCUCGAGUUGUGCUGGCCUCCAGGCUCCCCCUCAGUAAUUGGGAUCAAUCCCACCAGCCGAUGCAGGAACCCUAUCCCUGCUGGUUCAGAGGGGGACCACUGUCACUGGUGGCAGCAGCCUCCCCCCACCCCUGGGACAGCAGAGCCCAGAGUCAGGAUGGAAAGCAAAAAUUCCUCCAGGCUUAUCUGGCGUAGCAGUAAGAGGGGCUCUUCCCAUCUUCUGAUGGCCCCAGGCUGAUGUAUUCUGGCUGUGGGAGAAAUGGCCAUAAGUGGGUCUGCAGUAGGGCAGCCUUCCCACUGUCAGGAGCUGAACUGCUUCUGGGUUGACGUCAGGGAAUCCCAUGGUCGUAAGGCUAGUGCCGCACUUUUGCUAUGAGAGGAGUUUUCUGGUCAGAAGCAGCGAUGGUGAGUUAAGUAAUUUGGGCAGUCCCCAGAUGGGUUCUGGGCAGGGACAGCAAGUCCAUAUGCAGAACAGGAGUAGACAGAGCACAAGGACAACUCAGACGGAGAAAUUUUCUGGGAACCCUGGCCAUCUGUUCACGGGGUUUACUUUUGCCUUCCUGACCCGCUUGAGUCUUAUCAUUCACCACCUCCUCUCCAUCACCACCCGAGUGUCCUACAGUUCAAUUCUGAUGCGACCUGGGGUCAGCACAGAAACUACGUUAAGGACUCAGUCCCAGGGGCUUCCCUGGUGGCACAGUGGUUAAGAAUCCGCCUGCCAAUGCAGGGGACAUGGGUUCAAGCCCUGGUCCGGGAAGAUCCCACAUGCUGCGGAGCAACUAAGCCCAUGAGCCACAACUACUGAGCCCACGAGCCACAACUACUGAAGCCCGCAUGCCUAGAGCCCGUGCUCCCCAACAAGAGAAGCCACCGCAAUGAGAAGCCCGCACACCGCAACGAAGGGUAGACCCCAUUUGCCGCAACUAGAGAAAGCCUGCGCGCAGCAACAAAGACCCAACCCAGCCAAAAAUAAAUACAUAAAUAAAUAAAUUAAAAAAAAAAAAAGAACUCA